UGGGCGGUGUUUCCGGACGGGGAGAGCGGCGGCGCUUCCUGCGCGGACGGGCCCGGCUGGCGGAAGUGACGGCGGGGUUUGUUGACAGCGGAGGCCGCGGCGGGGGCAGCGGGAGCGGCGGGACGGGACCCCUGCCCGCCGGGAGCGGCGCCGGGACAGCCGGGACUCCCGCCGCCCCCAUCCGCCGCGCCGGGCGGGGGCCCGCGGACAGCUGUCCUGAUGUCCCCAUAAAAUUAUCCUGGAACUUCAUCUGAGGAAAGGAUCUACUGAAUCAAAAGUUUCCUUCUGCUCUUCCCCUUUCCCACAACUUCCCUCAAGAUGGCAUCUGACAGCCCCGAGUCACUGAUGACCCUGUGCACAGAUUAUUGCCUUCGCAACCUGGAGGGGACUCUCUGCUACCUGCUGGACAACGAGACCCUCCGGCUCCAUCCCGACAUCUUCCUGCCAAGCGAGAUCUGUGACAGACUUGUCAAUGAGUACGUGGAGCUGGUGAAGACAGACAGCAUCUUUGAGCCCCAUGAAAGCUUCUUCACCCUCUUCUCAGAUCCCCGGAGCACCCGGCUAGCUCGGAUCCACUUGCGGGAACAGAUUGUGCAGGACCAGGACCUGGAAGCCAUCAGGAAGCAGGAUCUUGUUGAGCUCUACUUGACUAACUGCGAGAAGCUGACGGCCAAGAGCCUACAAACCUUGGUGAGCUUCAGCCACACACUUAUCUCCCUUAGCCUCUUUGGCUGCUGCAAUAUCUUCUACGAGGAGGAGAACCCUGGGGGCUGUGAAGAUGACUGUUUGGUGAACCCCACUCGCCAGGUCUUGGUCAAGGACUUUACUUUUGAAGGCUUCAGCCGCUUGCGCUUCCUCAACCUGGGCCGCUUGAUCGAAGGGGUCAAUGUGGAGACCUUGCUUCGGCCUUUGGCCUCCCUGGCAGCUCUGGAUCUCUCUGGGAUCCAGCUGAAUGAUGUGGGAUUUCUGACCCAGUGGAAGGACACUCUGGUUUCCUUAGUGCUUUACAACAUGGACCUUUCAGAGGAGCACAUCCAAGUGAUCGCACAGCUUCGCAAGCUCAGGCACUUGGAUAUCUCCCGAGACCAUCUGUCCAGUUAUUACAAAUUCAAGCUGACCCGGCGGGUUCUAAACCUGUUUGUGGAAAACCUGGUUAACCUCACUUCCCUCGACAUCUCAGGGCACACCAUGCUGGAGAACUGCACUAUCCCCAGCAUGGAGGAGAAGAUGGGCCAGACCAGCAUUGAGCCAGCAAAGAGCAGCAUUGCUCCCUUCCGGGGUCUGAAACGACCACUCCAGUUCUUGGGCCUUUUUGAAACGUCUCUCUGCCGCCUGACGCAUAUUCCUGCCUACAAGGUGAGUGGGGACAAGAAUGAAGAGCAAGUCCUGAAUGCUAUUGAGGCUUACACUGAGCACCGGCCAGAAAUCACUUCCCGGGCCAUCAACCUCCUCUUUGACAUUGCCCGUAUCGAACGCUGCAGCCAGCUGCUGCGAGCCCUUCAGCUGGUGAUCACAGCCCUCAAGUGCCACAAGGAUGACAAAAACAUCCAGGUGACAGGCAGCGCGGCGCUGUUCUACCUGACCAACUCCGAGUACCGCAUGGAGCAGAGCGUAAAGCUGCGGCGCCAGGUCAUCCAGGUGGUGCUGAAUGGCAUGGAGUCCUACCAGGAAGUCACAGUGCAGCGAAACUGCUGCCUGACCCUGUGUAACUUCAGCAUUCCUGAGGAGCUGGAGUUCCAGUACCGCCGAGUCAACGAGCUGCUGCUGAGCAUCCUCAACCAGAGCCGGCAGGAUGAGUCCAUCCAGCGCAUCGCCGUGCACCUCUGCAACGCCCUGGUCUGCCAGGUGGACAAUGACCAUAAAGAAGCUGUGGGCAAGAUGGGGUUUGUCAUGACAAUGCUCAAGUUGAUUCAGAAGAAGUUGGCUGAUAAAACGUGUGAUCAGGUCAUGGAGUUCUCCUGGAGUGCCCUCUGGAACAUCACAGAUGAGACUCCUGAUAACUGUGAGAUGUUCCUUAACUACAGUGGCAUGAAGCUGUUCUUGGAGUGCCUGAAAGAAUUCCCAGAGAAACAGGAGCUGCAUCGCAACAUGCUGGGCCUGCUGGGCAAUGUAGCAGAGGUGAGGGAGCUCCGCCCACAGCUCAUGACCUCCCAGUUCAUCAGUGUGUUCAGCAACUUGCUGGAGAGCAAAGCAGAUGGGAUUGAGGUGUCCUACAAUGCCUGUGGUGUGCUCUCCCAUAUCAUGUUUGAUGGUCCAGAGGCUUGGGGUAUAUGUGAGCCCCACCGAGAGGAAGUUGUAAAGAGGAUGUGGGCAGCCAUCCAGAGCUGGGAUAUCAACUCCAGGAGAAAUAUCAAUUACAGGUCAUUUGAGCCCAUCCUUCGACUUCUUCCACAAGGGAUCUCCCCAGUCAGCCAGCACUGGGCCACCUGGGCACUCUAUAACCUGGUCUCUGUCUACCCUGACAAGUAUUGCCCACUGCUGAUCAAAGAAGGUGGGAUUCCCCUUCUGAAGGACAUGAUUAAAAUGGCCUCAGCACGGCAAGAGACCAAGGAGAUGGCCCGGAAAGUUAUAGAGCACUGCAGUAACUUUAAGGAGGAGAACAUGGACACUUCCAGAUAGAGGCAAUCAUCUCAUGCCUCUUGCCAGCACUGUAUCCAGCUUCUCUCUAAUUCACUGUACAUAGGGAGGACUCUUAUCUUACCAACUCGCCUGUUGGAAGGAAACUUUAUGUGUGUGUGUGAGACCCUCAGUAGAUGAAGGUGAACAGGGGAGGGGGGGAGGGACUUUUUGCACAACAAAAAUGCUUUCCUUAAAUUAGUGGACUUUUUGUUAUGAAGUUUCAGGUUGAAGUUCUGUGUGUAUGAUUUCUGUAUAAAAAGAAAACAACAAAAAAAACCAACAAAGACAACUACAUUAUGUAUCUUUUAACCUUUUUAUUUUAGACCACACAGAGAGCCUCAAAUGAUCAUGAGCUUGAAGACCUAGUUGUGUGAUCACUAGUGUGACAUUUUUAUUUCCCCCUUUUUAGAAAAAAAAUCCCCUUUAGCUGUAUUGCAUGAGGUCCUGUAAUGUCUGCAAGAACACCAGUCCUGAAUAGGUAUUGGCUGCUCAAUGGGGUUACAGGCAGCAAGGAGUUAUUUAUUUGGAUGGAGAGGUUGGGGGACUUAAUAUCAGAGUUAGAUGAAAAGAACUGACCUUUUUAGUGAUAUUUGUAAAUGGAGGAAACAAGGAAGAUUUUUCAAGUCACUCCUUUAAGGGCUUUUUAUAGAAGACUCACAUUAAUGGAGGCACUGCUAAUUGUAUGUGAGUCAUGUGGAAGUAAAACAUUCCCAUUAAAGUCAAGAGGUCUGUUUUGUCCCCUUUGUCAGUGCAGUGGGAUCUGCCAGCCCACCCAGCCUCCUAAGGUCAGGGAUGACGAGUAAAACCAGUUACACAUCCUUGGCGACACAGAGCUUUGCUCUUGAGGGGACCUGUGCAGCAAGGAACAAGGUUCACAAAGGGCUACACAUCUUCAUUCCAGUCCUUCACCACCUUGUUAGUUGUGUUCUGUUUGAUGUGGAAGGGCUGCAAAUGCCAGAGAGUGUAUUUCCCCUCUGCAAAAUAAGCUCUGCUGGGCCCUGGUCCAGAGCAGCCUGUUCUACUUGGGCAGGUCCCAGUCAUGGACUGGAGCUGUUCUCCUCAGUCAGCAUCCCUGCAAGCUGUGCUCGUUGGCAAACUCAUCUCCUUUCCAGGAAGCUCACUGCAGCACAAAUGCUGCAGCUGGAGGUGCUAAAGUCCUCUUCUGAGAUUGGGGAGUGUCUGGGCACCCUUUGGAGUGUGAUGUCAUGAAAAAGCACCUCUUGUUCCACCCCAACGUCUUCCUCUUCUCCUGGGAAGCAGAAGGCCCUGUUCUUAUCUGACUCCCAAAGCACCAUGGCUCCAAUUUAUGUGAUGUAGGUGAGAGGACAGUCCCACUGAGGUGCUCUUCACCUGUAAGACUCCAUACCUAUAAAGGCUGAAGAAGCCAAAGGCCAAGGGUUGCCUCCCACCCAGGCACUCAACACCACCACGUGCAGCCCAUGCUCAGAGCCCUCUGCUUGCCACACUGUCACAAGUCACAGAUCUGCCCUUAGAAGUGAUUUAGGAAAGAUGUUGUGCCUGGUAGCAGUGAGAGGAGCCCAUGGCCAGGUGUGUUGGGACAUUUCAGGCCUCUGAGCACAGCCUCACUGCUCUCCUGUACACAUUGCUCUCAGAUUUGACUCGCUGCUAUGAGGUUCUUCUAGUGCUCAGAGUUAAUGUUGUUGUUGCUGAGUACAUUAUAGACAGAUCCUAGACAGACAAACUGACACUUUAAAUGACAGAACACAGCUGCCCUGGAGAGGUUUACUUUUUUCUGCCAAUAUGGUGUUACUCAAUGUCUUCUAUUUUUAUUUUUCCUUUUAACCAUACAUCAUUUGUUUUGAUAUUGUCAGAUCUGUACUUUCUUCUUUUAAGUGUUUUUCAAACUUAUAUAUAUUUUUGUGUCACUUUGGAAUUGUUUUCAUAUGGUUUGCAAAACUUGACGAAUUAUACUUUUUUUUGCAGUUGUUUGAUUGAAAUGUAUUUUUCUCUCUCUUAUUCCUGCUCCCCAAGAAUUGGUGUCCCUAAGAAGCUUUGAGGCAGGGAAGCUUAUCUCAACAUCUGUUUUCUGUAUUUCUUGCUAAUCUUCCUUCUAGAUGCAAAACUAAGAGAGGCUGCAAGUCCUGCCAGCUCAGCCUCAGAGUAUUAGGGGAGUUAGGCUUUGCUUGUUUAAUUCUCCAUUUAGUGCUGCUGUCCUUUUGAAGUGGUUCCACAUGCCAGUGCCACCCACGAGGCUUUCUUCCUUUCUAAUGCCCACGUAGCAGAAGCUCCUGCCACUAAAAUCCUGAAUCAUAUGACAAAAAGCACUUACAAUUCUCAGUGUGUUGGAAAGGUGGGAGUGGAGCAGAAGGGGGACACGUGGCAGAUGCGAGAGGCGUCAGAAACACGUGUCCCCAGAAUGCAGCUGCCACCCUGGGGAGGCAGCUGGGGCUCAGGGACCUGUCUGAGGUAGAGCAGCCCUUAGCCUUGUGUUUAACCAAACCACCAGGCUUUACACUGAGAUUUUGGCACAACUACAGCAGAGUUCAUGGACAAGCCAUGGGUUGGUUCCAUCUGCCUCCAGACCCCAGAGGGUUGUUGCGUUUUUCAGACCAGUGCCUCUCUUGAGUUCAGCUGUUCCUGAGACCUUGCCUGCUGCAAGCUGGACCAUGGUAUCCCAAACUAACAAGAUCCAAGCUGCAUCCAACCUUUGUUUCACACUGUGAAGAUAAUCAGUCCUCACAGCUCACAUAUCCUCAUCAAGCUGUACCUGACCCUGAAUCGGGAUAAAAUGAUUUCAAAUUCCCAGCAACAUGGACAUUUAAUGGAGCCAGGCCAGCUAAAGGUUUAGCCUUCUGAAAUCUGUCACUGAUCCCAGAGGGAAAGAGGAACUAACUAUAUUCAGUUAUACCUAGCUACACAUUUUGAGGCAGGCCACCAGCAAGGUUAAAUUCCUGAGACAGCACUUUAAAAGAAAUAGCACCCCUGUUAGAGUAACAUGAGCUUUGGCUAUAAGCUUCAAAGUCUUCAAGCCAACAAACUCUGUGAGCUGAAAAAUAACAUUUACUUUCAGCAAGAGGCAAAAGAGAGAAAGGUAUCCUCUGAACACCUAAGAGUAGUCCAGGAAUUCCUGUAAUCAGGAGUUUGAAACUAGGUUGUGCCUCAGUUUCCCUCACUGAAAGAAUCAGAGUUGUUGCACCCUAGGGAUAAUGCAGGUACCAUGACCUGAAAGCACUUUCUGGAGGCAAAGAGGAGUUAAUUGCUGCCAUAGGUCCAGCACUCAGGAGAGACCAGGAUGGUUGUCUGCAGCCAUCAUUCCAAUAAUCUGCAAAGGAUGGGAGGGCAAAGUGAUUUUUUUAUGAAGGUCUGAUGCAAAAGGGGAAGUUGGGAUACCCUGAAAUGCUUGACUGUCCUCUCAGAACUUCCAGCUUUGCUGGAGCAAAGGAAUGAACCAGGAGACUUCAACUCCACAGAUAAUUCUAGAGCCAAGAACCAACCCUGCCCAGAAAACUAGAAGAGGGUUCUGUGUGUCAAACAAGAAUCCAGCUGAAGAGAAGUUAUAGUGUGCAAAGAUAGGGCAGAGAGGCUCCCUGUGUUCCACAGCUGUUGUAUCACUCAGACUCUUGUUCAUGUUUUCACUACUACAUUUCCUUCAAUAUUCAAAAGCUCGGCAAGCAGAGCACAAACAGUUCAGUAGUUCUCUGCAGAGACUGUGCCACCACAGGAACCCACUACCUUGACUGUAUGGAGUUUCCAUCCUGGCUGGAGGACACCUCGUUCAGUGGCCCAAGUCCUUGGUACAGCAGCCCUUGGCAUACAGGGUGUCAGGCGUCUGCCACGUCCUCUGGAAGAGAGAAGAGAGCAAAUGGGUGGGCAGCUUUCCACAAGUGCUUCCAUUUUACAAGAUCUGUGGGUGGAAUUGCUUGUAACAAUUGGCAUCUCUUGGUAUGAUGCUUAACAGCCAGCAGCACCAGACUCCCCUAGAGCAAGCCAAGAAACUUUAGCACUGCUAUUUGUGGCAAUUAGUAAGGUUGCAGAUAAUUCAUCUGCCCCAUCAUGGCUGCUAUUACCCUGCACCUGCCUAGGAGCUGAAGUGGUAUCUGUUCAGCACUGAAUCCUACCCAGCUUCUCACCUUGGUUGGGCUUCUGCUGCAGUCACUCUGACUGAAAGAUGAGUGGGAAGAAAAGUCUUGGAGCUGUGAGCCUAUUCCCUACUCAGCACUUGAAGAAGGCAACUAAUUACCAGUGGAGCAAGAACUAUAGGGGCAUCACCUUCAGGCAAAAUGUUUUAUUGAGACUAUGUAGGGAGGAGCCUGCCACAGCUGGAGUGUUGGAGGGCAGCUUGGGCUGGAAAAGAAGAGAAUGAAAAGCAGGGAAACAGCUGGUCUCCACAACCAUGUGUGUGAAGCUCAGAGGGUAAUGGUCAGCAGGCUCAGACGGGGUCUGGAUGAGGGACAGCUCUUGAAAAAGGAACGAGGGAGAUUUCCUGCUGAACUGAAACACUUCUCUAGCAGGCUGUAUUUUGAUUUAAUAGAAUUGUCACUGAUUCUCUGUUGUUUUUAAAGUAAGUUUUUAAGCUAACCAAAUAUGUGUUUCCUUGUUUUGCUUAAUGAAAAUAACCUUGGUUAUAAUGAGAAAGUGUCUCCUUUAACUCUGUCCUGUGACCUGCCUCAUGGUGAGAAGCCUGGUUCAAAUGUUUGUACAUGGUGAAACCAAGCAAAAAGAAAAGAAUACACAACUGUUGCUUCCUUACAAUUCUGAAUGAAUUAACUUUUCUGUUGUAUCCUUUGGAUACCUGCUGUGUAUUAAAUCUAGUGCUGAACAA